CUCUAUCAGUGAGACAGCGCCCCAGUCAGAUUGCUGUGACCGACCGUGUACUGCGCGCUCCUCAUCCGCCAGUGUUUUCACACAUACGCACACACACCGUCUCUGACACUCACGCGCACUCAGAGUGAAACCGUCUACCGGGACCUGUACGCACGCAUAAUCUCUCUUGGCUAUCGCAUCACAUCGCGCAUCACUGCGGAGAGGGUAAGGCAGGUAGCGGACCCUUGGCACUGCCACUUGUUUCAACACUCAGCAUUCCAGGUAGACUAGUGCGGUACUGUCCGUGACUCUCUUCGGAAAAUAAGAGGACUUACCACCGCCAGUCGAAGAGGAGGUACUAGGCUACUACCGUCACAGACUAGCCCCGCGGCUCGGUGAGAGGAAGAACUUUUGUUGUUUUGAUUCGUGAUUUUCUCACAUUCCUUAAACCUUGGAAGUGAAACCUGCUAUUUGAGAGAGGAUGGGACCGUUACUCGUAUUCAUCGUCCUCUGCUUGAGCGCCGCUGUCCCGCAUCUUGUGAAAGUAGAUGGUGUGGAGCUGACUUCAGCAGGACCGUGCCACCCGAACCCAUGCCACAACAGAGGAAUAUGUGAAAUCAGUGAAACCUACAGAGGCGACACGUUCAUAGGCUAUGUCUGCAAGUGUCCAACCGGCUUCAACGGAAUCCACUGCCAACACAAUGUUAACGAAUGCGAGAGAGACCCGUGUAAAAAUGGGGGCAUCUGCACAGAUCUGGUUGCCAACUACUCAUGUGAAUGCCCUGGGGAGUACAUGGGAAGGAACUGCCAAUACAAAUGCUCUGGACCACUUGGCAUGGAGGGGGGCAUCAUCUCCAACCAGCAGAUAACAGCCUCAUCCACACAUCGUGCUCUGUUCGGCCUGCAGAAGUGGUACCCCUACUUUGCCCGGCUCAACAAGAAGGGCCUGGUCAACGCAUGGACGGCUGCCGAGAACGACAGAUGGCCCUGGAUCCAGAUAAACCUACAGAGGAGGAUGCGGGUCACGGGCCUAAUUACCCAGGGUGCAAAGCGCAUCGGCAGCCCAGAGUACGUCAAGUCUUACAAAGUGGCCUCUAGUGAUGAUGGCAAGACCUGGAGGACAAACAAAGUCAAGGGCACAGACGAGGACAUGAUAUUCCGUGGAAAUGUGGAAAACAACGCUCCUUCUGCCAACUCCUUCACCCCUCCCAUUGAGGCGCAGUACGUGCGCAUCUACCCCCAGGUCUGUAGGAGACACUGCACCCUGCGCAUGGAGCUGCUUGGCUGUGAACUCACAGGCUGCUCUGAGCCCAUGGGGAUGAAGUCAGGCCACAUCCAGGACUACCAGAUCACAGCGUCCAGCCUCUUCAGAACACUCAACAUGGACAUGUUCACCUGGGAACCCAGCAAGGCCCGUCUGGACAAACAGGGAAAGGUCAAUGCCUGGACUUCUGGACGCAGUGACCAGUCCCAGUGGCUUCAGGUUGACAUGCUCCUGCCUACUAAAAUCACCGGCAUCAUCACCCAGGGGGCCAAGGACUUUGGCCAUGUCCAGUUCGUGGGCUCCUACAAGGUGGCCUACAGCAACGAUGGAGAGAGGUGGCUCCUAUAUCAAGAUGAAAAACAGAAGAAGGACAAGGUGUUCCAAGGAAACUUUGACAAUGACACGCACAGAAAGAACGUGAUUGCUCCGCCCAUCUACGCCCGAUUUGUCCGGAUCCUUCCAUGGUCGUGGUACAGCAGGAUCACUUUGCGUGCAGAGUUACUGGGAUGCACAGAGGAAGAGUGACCAACCCCUCCCCCUCCCCCUCCUCCCUCCCCCCUUUAAUAAUGGAUCAUCUAGCCCAGAUCCAGUGUUUCAAUAUAAACUGUGCAACCUGUAAAAAGAAAUCAAUUUCAAAUGGAUUUUUCAAGAAUACGUGUUUGGUUGUGUUGGGUUGCUGUUUGUUUUUUGUACAAUGAUUUAAACUUGUCCUUGUCCUCAUUUUUUUCUUUUUGUGGGUAAUGUCUUUUUUUUCUCCAGAUUUCCAUCGUGUUUCGAAUGAACUUGUGUAACAUAUUUGACUGGCAGGGGUGGGGGAGUGGGGAGGGGAAUCACACUGAUUUAAACCUAUUGCCAUGGAAGCUACUGUACAGUGUCACUUUUUAACAAAGACGACAUGAAACCUAUCUACCAUGCUUCAUUGGACAUUAUUAACCCCACUUCAACUCAUAGCGGAACUAUCCAAGAAAUCCUUCAACGAUGACAACUAAAAUACUACAGUGACAGAUAUAUUUUACACCUCUUCAAGCCAGGCUUUUACCAUUGCUGACACUGACAUUGUAACGCAAGUCAAAAACAACAACAAUGCCAAUGUAUUUUAUGUAAAACACUUAAUAAUUGCAUGGUGCAUAAAUUAUUAUAUUAAAUGUAUAUUAUGACAAAUCAUUUAUAACUCCUUCCCUAAGAGCAAUCGCUUUGUUUUAGGGAUCUAUUUUUACGUGCAUUUUAAAUAGUUCUGAUACACACCGCAAAAGCUUAAAGAGUGACUGAUCUGCUCGACGAAUAACAAGCAGAAUAGACACUGACCUUGAUGGGCUAGCUGAGUGAAGAGUCCAAAUGCUCUCAGCUUUUUAUUGCUUCUUUAAUUUAUUUCAAUGUAAUUUGCAUUUCAAGAUAUUUACCUGGAAUUACGUCACAUUUGUAGAAUUGUAUACUUUGUUUACUUUUGUUUUUGUCUGCUUUUGUAUCCUGCCCAAUUCUGCCUUUACAAUAUCCUUUUGAAUCAAUUUGAAAAGCUCAGGAUAGAAAUCAUCCAUCCAUACCCACAAUUUUAUCAUUUCUAAGAGUAAGCCCUCCUUUUAAUAUAAUAUUUUAAAAAAUGUUUACAUUUACAGACAUUACCAUGGCAAUUAAAUUAAUAAAAUGACAAACUUACUUCACAGAAAUAUUUUAUUUAUUUAUUAUAUUUUCUUUUUUAUAUCAAAAUACAUAGUGACAGCAUAACACAAACAGCUUUCUAUUCAUGCAUUUUCAACAAAAAAACACAGUAAGAACUUUGAAUAUAUAUAUCUGUCUUUGUUUGAUAUGUACAAUGAACAUUAUCAAUUGUUGUUUGAGUAUGUCACUGUAUUUCAGUGUUGCAUUUUAAAGUAUCAUUACGUGCAUCAUAAAAAAAAAUAUUUGAAUGACACCAGAAAUACCAGAAUAGUCAAGGACUUAUGCCCAUUUUUUGCAAUAUGAUUGGGGGAAAAAGCCACUUGACUUUUACCCUUGUUUGUGCAAUUUCCAAUCGGAAUGUCCCUGGAGUGACCUUUAUGAUAUUGGGACAUUACGUCCCAAAAAUAAAGUUGCCCGAUGUAUUUCAUUCAUAAUUCUGAAUCCCAUAUACGCUGAUAGAGCGAUUUUGUUUGAACAACAUUGGAUGUGAAGUUGCUAUUGGUGUAAAACAGUGUAACAUUUGUUAGAUCCAUGGACACAGCAUAAGCGUCAUGCCAUGCAACUAACUCACUUUUUAUAAUGGAUGUAUUUGGCUAGGCAUAAUGUUUUUUAUUUAAUUUUUUGAUAUCUUGGCUUUUGAUUGAGCUAUUUACUAGUAUUUCUUGUCCAGCUGUUCCUGUCUCCAUAAGGUUGUCUGCUUGAUUGAUCAUUCUAGAUGGCUGCCUGUGUGCACUUUUCACAACGGGAUUUUACUGACCAAUGGAUAUGGCAGCAUGACGUAUUAGGAGGGAUACAGUAUCAAAUAUGUCCAUGUCCACAGGCACAUUUUGUUAUAACAUUAUGUUACAGGUCCUUUAAUUUGCACUCACCAUUGCUGCAUUGUAAAACCUUGGCUAACUGGUGAAGGGGAACCAGGACGUCCAUAUUGUGUUUCUGUGUCUACUCAGUCUGAGUAUCAAGCGCUAUCUAGCAAAGUGUACCAAUUAUAUGCUGAUUAGUCCAAGCUUGCGAAGGAGAGUCAGAAACUAAUACUGUGUACAGCUGAAAAAAUAUGUGGCUUCAAACAUGAGCUCUUUCAGUUUGACCAAUAAAAAUAUGUCUGUGAAUCGAA